AUGCAUUUGUUUAAAUCAUUAGAUGCUGUAAAAACUAUAAUUGGAUAAUCAUAACCAAAAUAAUAAUAUAGGUAUAUAUUUUAUUUAUUAUUAAGCUUUAUAUCAAAUGAUUAUGCUGCUGAAAUUACUUUAAUGCACGGCUCUAUUAGCUUAUUUUUAAUGUAAAUCAUUCACAAAUUAAGAAAAAUACUCUAAAAUAAUCUGAGAUAAAACUUUAGUUUAUAAGCACAAAUAUUAAAUAAGGAAAAAGCAAUAGUGUCUUUUUUCAUGAUGAACUGGCACAUAUCUAUUUUUAAUCUUAGAUUUCAGAAUACCAGACAAAUUCUUAACUUGAUGAACUGA